AUAGCAAUAUUUAUAAUAAAAAUGUCAACUUCUAACCGGCGUCUGCUGAUGUUGUUGUUUAUUUCUGAAAUUGAAACAAUGUGAAAUGAAAAAUCAUGUCUAGUUUAUCAGAAUAUAAACAUAUAUUUCCUAUAGACAGUAUUCAAAAAGUUUGUGAUCUAUUUGAAGAACAAUUGCGUAGUAGUAAAGAACCGGAUUUGGCAUUGUUUUCUAUCAUUGUAGGGGCAGUUGAAAACAAUCUAACAAACGUUAAAAACAGUGAUAAAGAUGUAAAUUUGGCAUCAAAUAAAUUUGUAAAGAUGAAAUUUCCAUCUGUGGAAUGGGACGAAGUAAAAACUCUUUAUGAGCGAUUUGUAUCUUUAAUGCGUAGCGGCGUUGAUGCGAAGUUACUAAGCGGUGACUUAGCCACUCGUGAUUUGGUCAAAAGAGUAGCUGAUGUCGUUUGGAAUUCGUUAACACGAAGCUACUACAAAGACAGAGCCCAUCUCCAGUCAAUUUACAGCUUUUUGACAGGAAAUAAAUUGGACUGCUUUGGAGUUGCUUUUGCUGUAACUGCAGGCUGCCAAGUCUUAGGCAAAAAUGAUGUUCAUCUUGCAUUAUCAGAAGAUCAUGCUUGGGUAGUCUUUGGAAAGGAUGGAUUAAAUACAGCUGAAGUUACUUGGCAUGGCAAAGGUAAUGAGGACAAAAGAGGUAGAUCGGUAGGAGAAGGGGUGCUUGCACGAUCAUGGCUAUAUGUAGCAGGCAAACCAGUUGUGUGCACCAGGAUAAUGGAGCUGGCUGCAUUGGUUUCUUCCAUAAAUCCUACAUUAACCCCCACAAUUGAUGUUCAUGAAGUGGCACUCAUGCAGCAUAAACUGCUAUGGUUACUUUAUGAUAAAGGUCAUUUGGAAGCAUAUCCUAUGGCUUUGGGCAAUCUUGGAGAUUUAGACGAGUACAUGAAAAUUGCCAAUAAUACAGAGGCUCCAGAAAGUUCAACAAUUAAUGAUGAAAUUGGAGUUAUUAAAUCAAGUAAUUUAAGGCCAGAUUCAGCUUCAUUGUAUAUUCAAUCAAUUCGUUCUUCAAGAACGCAUUAUGAAGAUCGUCAUGUGUACCCAUAUACAUUUCAAGGUGGCUAUUAUCAUAGACACAAAAUGUACAAGGAAGCCUUUCAAGCCUGGGCAUGUGCUGGUGAUGUCAUUAGGCAUUACAACUACUCUAGAGAUGAUGAAGAGAUUUAUAAAGAAUUUUCUGAGAUUGCAAAUGAGCUAAUACCUCAACUGAUGAAAGCUGAGAGUUCAGGACAUUCAGCUAGAUCUAUUUUAAAAGACCCAGAAUGUUUUGCAUCUCUUUUAAGAUUUUAUGAUGGUAUUUGCCAAUGGGAAGAGGGUAGUCAGACACCAAUACUGCAUAUUGGUUGGGCAAAACCACUGGUGAGCACUAUUUCUAAAUUUGAUGCAGAGGUAAGGGCACAAGUUAACAUUAUAUGUAGUCCAGAUAAUGGUGAACCCACUGAGACAACCCAAAAGACAGAUAAAACAAAUGCCAAUGAUGAGAAGGAUAAUGACAGUUGGAAUAAUAAUUCUGAAAAUACCGAAAUGACAGUAAGAGAACAGCUAACCGCCGCAGUUAAUAGUAGACCGCGUGUUACGUUGUACAGCCACAAAAUGGCAGCUCUUAAGCCAUUAUUAUUAGCUGAAAGACUAAACACACAUGCACUACAACUUCAAUUGACAGCUCAAAGUCAAUUACAAAGGCCUCAUCUACCAGCAAAGCGACGAGAUGAUGAAGACCAUAAUCCAUCAGCACCCACAGCACGGGCAAAACGCGCUCGCCGAGAACGCUAAGUUAUUUUAAUACAUAUUUUAUGUAUAUAUUUGUCUUUACUAUAGAAUUAGCAAUUCUAAAUAAUGUCAUAAUCUAUUUUCGAAUCUUUACUAGAAGCUUUAAAAUAUUUUAUUUUAUAGAAACUUUAUCAUUUCAAUAAUUGCUAUAAUGAUGAAAUUACUUUAUACUUACUGUAGUUCUACAUUGUUAUUUUUUUAUUUUAAAAAUGUAGAAUAUAUAAUUAUAUAUUACCUAUUGAAAAUAUUUAACCUUUAAACAGUUAUUAUUGAUAUUUGUUUGAUGCUUUUUUUUAUUAUUAGGUAUGCAAGCCAUAGUGGUGGCUGUUGUAUAGAAGCUCAUAGAAACUAUUUUAAGGUAUUCCUUAUAAUGAUAAUAUGACCUCAAGUUUUUAAAAGUAUCUUAUGAGACAAAUUCAACAUUUCUUAAGAUAGAUUACACUUGUGCUGUUUAUAAUAAUAACUAGUUAAUAAAAAAUAUUAUUAUUUAAUGCUUAUAACUAAUGCAUACAUGACACCCUUACAAAGUAUUAUUUACAAACUUCUACUAAAAGUACCUGUCCUGGAUGAUAUUAUAAAUUUUUGAAUUGCUGUAAGUAUGUAAAAAAAUUGCAAAAAUUAACAAAGGUACAUUAGCUUGUAAUACAAUAUUUAUCCUGAUGGUACAAACCUUUUGUAUUAAAUAUGUACACAAAAAUUGGGAUUAGGGAUAUGAGAAUGUCUCUAAGAAAAAACGCAUUUAAGAGACUCGAGGUAUUGUUAUGUUAUUUAACAAUAAAAUAAUUAUAAUUUGUAUAUUCAUAUAUUUGUGCACAAUCAACCUAUUUAACAUUGACAUAAAAAUGUUACUGAAAGACAAUGUGUAGAUUAUAAUUGUACUACUAUAUUAAACAAUAAUAAUAAUAGACUUAUAUUAUAUACCUCAUUGAAUUUGUUUUAUAAUUUUUUGUAGAGGAUUAUAGAUUUAUUGUGUUAAAAUGUAAUUCCACCAAUCAUGUAGAGUAAAACUCUUUAGUUGUUAACUUUUGAUUGUUUUGUAAUUAUAUUUUGCAAUAUGUGAUAAGGAAAAACUAUAAUAAAAUUUUAUUUUAAAUGAAAACCUAUUUGGGAAAAAUUUCAAAAUUUUAAUGUGAUGACAUUUAAUUUGGUUGAGAAUUAUAAAAUGACUUUACGACUUGUUGUGAUGUACAAAAUUUUUUAAGCCCUAUGAGGGUCUUAAUAAUAUAGUUAUUAAAAGAUUGUGUUAGUUAUCGCAGCUGUAUAAUGUUAAAAUUAUAAUUUGAACAUAUUAAAUAUAAUAUAUUUU